AUGACGCGUCCCUGGGGUCUGGAGGUGGACCGGGUGGAGCUCACCCUGGGCGCUGUGCUGAAGCCCCCGGAGGAGGCCUCCACGGGGGGCUUCAUCCUGCCCCCGUCCGUGCCUGGCCUGGAGGGCUUGGAGGGCCUGGCGGGUCCCAUUCAGCAGCUUGCCAUGCAUUUCAUGGGCCAGGGUGGAGCUCCACCGCCCCAGACGGGUUCCCCAGGGGACAGCGCCGCAUUCACGGAUGAGGUGAGCGGCGCAGCGCCGGCCGUGAGCCCGGCCGGGUCGGUGGAUCAGCUGCUGGGGGUGGUCCGGCUGCUGCUCUCUGAAAGCCUGGUCAACAGGGUGGGGGCCUGCUUCCAUUUCCGGAUCAGCUCCAGCGACGGAGAGUGCAAGAGCUACUAUGUGGACCUGAGUCAAGGCGCCGGCGAUGCAGGGCUGGGCGCUCCUCUGCGGGAGCCGGACGUGACUCUGAGCAUCAGCGACAGCGACCUGCUGGCCCUGUUCGAAGGCAGCCUCCGGCCGUACGGAGCGUACGCCAGCGGGAGGCUGCGGGUCGAGGGCGACCUCAACACCGCCAUGAGGCUGGAGGAGCUCAUUAAGCUGUUCAGGGCUUUGCAGUUUCUAACCGUUUUAUUCCUCCUGCUGUUUAUUCAGCUGGGAUUGUUGUGUUCGACUCUUGGCAGAACGUGACCUUACUUUGUGAGAAGCCUAUUUAUUAUGUCUUUAUUUAUCUUUCAAUUCUACGCUAACUUUAUCUUUGACUGAACUUUGUUAAAUAAAAUUG